AUUUCUUAAAAUUAUCAAAUUAUGACAAAUAAUUAAAAUUUUUAGGAUGCAAUUAAUUCAGGAAUUCCAGAACUGGGCUGUGUAAAAGGUGGCUCCACUGAAGACUUUUUUAAGAAUUCUCAGAUGACACUCUACAAGAAAGUAUAUGAUAGUUUUCAGAGAAAGCCCGAAAAUUUAUUUAGUUCAACUGCAGAUGGAGUGAAAAAACUGCGUGAAAGUAAUGGAAAAUAUGCAAUUUUUGUAGAAUCAACAUUUAAUGAAUACACAAGUCAUCGUGAGCCUUGUGAUACUAUGAUGGUUCCAGGAACUCUUGACACAAAAAGUUAUGCAGUUGCUUCUAUGUUCAAUUCAAGCAUAUCGAAUGACAGAAUUAAUGAAGCUCUUCAUAAACUCCAUGAGACUGGCUAUCUGAAUGAGUUAUAUGAUAAAUGGUGGCUUCGUACAAGUGAAUGUGCUCGAAGAUACUCAAGAUCCUUGGAGGAAUUAUACCAUGACUCUUUGACAAUAUGGGAAGUAUCUGGUGUAUUUUAUAUUUUGUUAAUUGGUAUAGCUGUAUUAUUGGGAAUCACAGCUGCCGAAUACUUUUAUUGCUCUCGGAAUAGUUCUGCAAGAAGACAUAAUUCAGCCCUGGAUGAAACUCAAACUUAAGUAUUCAGAAGUGCAAAUAUCUAGUCAAUAGUAUUAA